AUGGCGGCGCUGAAGGAGGCUCGGAGCUACGGGCUGUCGUGCGGGCGGGUGAGCGACGGCAGCAAGGUGUCUGUGUUCCACGUGAAGCUCACCGACAGUGCCCUGAAGGCCUUCGAGAGCUACCGCGCCAGCCAGGAUUCUCUUUCCCUGAGACCAUCGAUCCGAUUUCAAGGAAGCCAAGGGCACAUCUCCAUCCCUCAGCCCGACUGCCCCAAGGAGGUGCGAAAGUUCUCCUUCUACCUCUCCAACAUCGGCCGCGACAGCCCCCAGGGCAGCUUCGACUGCAUCCAGCAGUAUGUCUCCAGCCAUGGGGAUGUCCACCUGGACUGCCUGGGCAGCAUCCAGGACAAGGUCACAGUGUGCGCCACUGAUGACUCCUACCAGAAAGCACGGGAGAGCAUGGCACAGGCGGAGGAGGAGACCCGGAGCCGCGGCGCCAUCGUCAUCAAGCCCGGAGGACGCUACCUGGGCAAGAAGGUUCACUUUCGGAAGCCAGCCCCGGGGGCGACAGAGGCAGUGCCUUCCCGGAAGCGGGCCACUCCCAUCAACCUGGCAAGCGCCAUCAGGAAGAGCGGUGUAAGCGGGACCAGCGGGGUGUCCCAGAGGCCUUUCCGUGACCGGGUGCUGCACCUUCUGGCCCUGAGGCCCUACCGGAAGGCUGAGCUGCUGCUGAGGCUGCAGAAGGACGGCCUGGCACAGGCGGACAAGGACUCGCUGGAUGGCCUGCUCCAGCAGGUGGCCAAUGUGAAUGCCAAGGACGGCACGUGCACGCUGAGGGACUGCAUGUACAAGGACGUGCAGAAGGACUGGCCCGGCUACUCGGAGGGGGACCAGCAGCUGCUGAAGCGAAUGCUUGUCCGGAAGCUGUGCCAACCGCAGAGCGCAGGCAGCCUGCCCGCAGAGCCGGGGGCAGCCAGCCCCCCGGGCGAGCAUGGGACCUCUGCCUCGCCGCCUCAGAAACGGCCACAGCCACCUGAUUUCAUCGACCCCCUGGCCAACAAGAAACCCAGGAUAUCACACUUUGCCCAGAGAGAGAGAGCCCAGCCUGCCCUCAAUGGGAAACUGGGUGUGCCCAAUGGCCGUGAGGCCCUGCUGCCCACCCCGGGGCCACCGACCAGCACAGACACCCUCAGCUCCAGUGCCCACCUCCCUCUGCGACUGGAGCCCCCACGGGCCCACGACCCCCUGACCGAUGUUAGCAAUGACCUGGGCCACAGUGGCCAGGACAGUAAGCGCGGGGAGGCAACUGCCCCCAGCCCUGCCACUCACCUCGGUAUCCCCCUGCUGACGGACUACACCCAGCCCGACAGGCCCCACGACAGCGCUGCCCGCAGCAAGCCCAAGAAGAAGUCCAAGAAGCACAAAGGCAAGGAGAGGGCGGCCGAGGACAGGCACCGGGCCCAGUCGCCAGGUCACGCUCCUGCUACCCACACAGCCCCGCCUGACGCCCCAGGUCUCAACGGGACCUGCAGCAGUGCCAGCGUGCCCACCUCCACGUCAGAGACGCCAGACUACUUGCUAAAAUAUGCAGCCAUCUCCUCUUCCGAGCAGCGCCAGAGCUACAAGAAUGACUUCAACGCCGAGUACAGCGAGUACCGCGACCUGCACGCCCGCAUCGAGCAGAUCACGCGGCGGUUCACGCAGCUCGACGCCCAGCUCCGGCAGCUGUCCCAGGGCUCCGAGGAGUAUGAGACCACUCGUGGGCAGAUUCUGCAGGAAUACCGAAAAAUCAAGAAGACCAACACCAACUACAGCCAGGAGAAGCACCGCUGCGAGUACCUGCACAGCAAGCUGGCCCACAUCAAGCGGCUCAUCGCCGAGUACGACCAGCGGCAGCUGCAGGCCUGGCCCUAGCCUCGCCUCCACCUCGCGGGCCCUCUGGGUGCUGGGGCGCUGUGGGGAGCGCGGGAGAGCGGAUUUAUUUAAAACAAUAAACACGGGGAGACGUACGCAUCUGAGCCAGCACCGCGGCUACCAGGGGAGGCCCGCACUCGCCCAGGUGGGGUAGCCUGGGCCCUCCCCGCCUUCCAGCGCCCCUGCAGGCCAGGCUCCUGCCGAAGCCUCCUGGAGGGCUCCACUUUCCCUCUCCCACCACGGAAGACUCUGAGGCCAGCCCGCCUGCCUUUUCUAGUUUUAUACAGUGUCAGCCACUUUUAGCUACUGCUAGAGACUCAAGUCUAUUUUUGUACAAAAGAGAAAGCAAAAUCUUUUUUUCUAAACCUGUGCCUCCCUCUCCUUGGACAUCCAGGGUCUAGAUGCUACCCUGGGUCCUGUCCCGCAGUAUUAAGAUGCCACCCAAGGCACAGCACUGUCGGCUUCCCAGGAGAGACUCCGAGGCGGGGCCGGGGCCACCGGGGCUGGCGCUGGACAGGGUCUGCUCCGCAGCCUCCCUCAAGGCUCACCUCCAGCGGCACCCCGACAGCCGCUCCGAGCCGAGGGGCCGCGUGGCCCUGGAGCCCCUGGCCUGCCCUGCUAUUUCAGGCCCUCAGCUGUCAGGCCACGGACAUGUCCUGCCACCAGCUGGGAGGCCUCGGCGAUGGCACGGUGUUCAAUCUCAGUCCCAAGGUCCUCGGUUCCCCCUCACAGCUGCUCUUGGUUCCACGCCGUCGAGGCCGUGCGGUCUCCGUGCUGCUGACCUCGCUCGGCCUCCAUCCACCUGUGGGUCCUGGGGUUGUCUGGGCAGGGCCACCGCUGGGGUUUGCACUCAGGGAGGGGCUGGGGCCCUGUGGACAGAGCCGCAGGAUCCCAAGGACAGCGCCCUGUCUGUCCUCUCUGGGGCACAAGCUCCACAGUACCCCAACUGCUGCUUUGUCGCUGUGCCUAGUCUCCUAGUGUCCCCCAAAGCAUUGGGGGACUAUUUGUGUGUGUGCGCGUGCGUGUGUAGGGGGCCCCCUCCAGGGUGUGGGGGGUCUGAGGCGAGUGUUCACAUUCAGGGCCAAGCGAAGCCAUGACUCGGGAAUGUGGUGGGCACAGCCGUGACCAGGGUCGGUUAUGCUGGGGCUGGGGCGCCGCCCACCGCAGUGAGCAGGGAGAGUGCAGGGCGAGCACAGAUGGUCUGUUUUUCUAAACCGCGGGGGUGUCUCCCAGUGGCUUCCAAAGAACUGGUGCCUGUGGAGGCGCCUGCUGGUGUCCACCCCUGCCCCAGCGUCUCUUUCUUUUGGGACCCCUGGGGUUCUUGCAUCUCUGAGGAAACUGAUCCUUCAUGUUUCAAUAGCUGUUGUUUUGUUUUGCAUUUGGGGUGGGAGGGGUGGGAAGGGCGGCAGGCGGGCAGGAGUCCUGCUUAGGCGGCCUGGCCCCCGCCCUCCACCUGGAACCAGUUCAAGGGCCUCUGUUGAAUCUGCCUCGGUGUUUUGUUUGUUCGUCCCUGGAGGAGGAUGGAGCUGGGGAAGUGUUGUGUUUCGGGCUCGAUGGACGCAAGUUCUAGCUGAUGAAAUAUGCUCUAACUUAUUGAUAUGUUUUUUCCUUUUAAUGUUGUACUGUGGAGGAAAACUUUUGAGCCAUGGAGUUGGUGUUUACAAGAAUUUUUCACUUUUGCCAAAAUGUUACAAUUGAAAGGCAUCCGCAUCUUCAGUCUCCUAAUAUUUUCUUAAAACAUCUGGUGUCCUUUUUGUACACUAAACACGUGAAUGCUGAUUUCCAACCUACAAUAAAUUUCACUGAACUGAA